CACUGCUCCUGCGCUCGAUGCCAGCGCCGAUCAGCUGCGCUCCUAUUUGUCCAGCCACCCGCUCACGUGCACGCUCCCCACACACUCCGCCAGGCUGGGUGUGAGGAACGGAAUGGAAUGGAACCUCAGAAGGAUGGAGAGCGAACUGAGACAGAUCAAUCCGGACCUGCUGCAGCCCAGCAAGAGCUUUAAGAAACCCUCCUCUGGCACCAUCACCAUCAACGUGGGGGGGUACCUGUACGCAGCCCAGAGGCACACCCUUGCCAAACACCCUGGCUCCCUGCUGGAAGAAAUGGUGACUGGGAAGAAGCCAGUGCUGCACGUGGACUCAAUGGGUAACACCUUCAUUGACCGGGACGGCCCCAUCUUCCGGCACAUAUUGAACUUCUUGCGCUUGGGUGAGUUAGUGCUUCCCGAAGACUUCAAGGAAACCGAACUGCUCCGCAGAGAAGCCAACUUCUACCGCUUGAGCGAACUAGCCCAAGCCCUUCAGGACUGGGAGCAGCAGCAGGCCACGCAACGCGAACCCGCCUUUCUGGAGGUGACGGACAGCCACGAGCGCUCGCAGGGUCUCAGAGUCUACUGCAGUGACAACACCUUCAUCGAGAAGGUCAAGAACCGGCUGGUGCAGAUCUCCAAGAGUCGUCUGGACGGCUUUCCGGAGGAGUUCGAAGUGUCAUCUAACAUCAUCCAGUUUCGGCAUUUCAUCAAGUCGGAGCAGGGCUCGCGGCUUGUGCUGAAGCAGGACAGCACGUUUUUGUGUACUCUAGAGUGUCUGAAGCUGGAGACGGUGAUGCUGGCUCUCAAGGGAGGCUUUCGUCUGAUCACCAGCCUGGACAGCAGUCGAGGAUCAGUGGUCCAGUGCGAGGCUCUGCAUUUUGUCAAGUGACCCCACUAGAGGAACUGUCACCACUAAACACAUGACCCGCUGAAUACCAUCUCGCGUCAACCAACACCAGCGUCCUCUACCGAAAACCUGUUCUGGAUUACUCUGCUAACCUGCUUCUACGUGACACACUCCAAUGGACAAAGAGAGAAAGGAGAGAGACUGCAUUGUACUGUGGGGCUUUGUUUGGUUUGUGUAUGUAGUUGUCAUCUGUUUACAUCUGUCUUUACAGGAAGAUUGACGGUUUGCACUUGAUAUGAUUGCAAAGUACUGUGAAAUCUAAAGGCUGAGUGUGAUGGUCUUUACAUUUGUGAGCAAGUUUUGUGAUUCCUGGUAAUGUGAACACAUGUAGUGAACAACAGGUUGUAAUCUUUUGAGUUUGUGAAUGUUCUCGCACAAUAAAGCCACAUUGUAAUUAUUCGAAACACUGUUGACGAUCUACACUGAGAAAUCUGUCUGUGUACUGUGGAGUGUAUGCUGAGAAAUGACAGUGGGCUGUAUAAAUAGAGCUACAUUUAUUUAUUUAUUAAUUUUUUUAUUAUGAGCCGUGAGGUCUGCUUGUAAGAGCGAUACUGUGUCCUAAAUUGAAUGUUUGCAGUAUUAUGCAGCGAAAUGUGACCUAAAAAUUAA